AUGGAGGUGCAGCCGGUUGAGGAGGAGGAGGAAGACGUCGUUGGGCCAGACGGUCACCUCGGCUACCAUCACGUGGUGGCCCUGGCCCAUGCCCUCGUGGAGCUGCGUCACCACGCCUUCGUCACACAGCGUCAAUCCAGAGAGGUGGUCGCUCUCUGGGACAAGCUGGCGGACCGUGACAAGGCGUCGGUGACCUUCCCCCCCCGCCACCAGGACAAGCUGGUCAAAGGCCGCUUUAAGACCAGCAACAGGCACGCUCACACGCCAGGGGUGGACAGUGUGAAGCGUGUCGUCCUGGGUCAGGGGGCGGGAGCGGCACAGUCUCCUAAAGCCAGCAGGCUUGUCGAAGCCAUCAUGCUGGAGCUGUGCCGCGCACACAGCCACGAGGGCACGACGCUCGCCGGGGUCCGCAUCAACCGCUGGGGUGCCGUCAUGAGGGACUAUAAACAGAUCCAGGACAACGUGGUCAACUAUCCUGCCCUCAUGGCGAGCACCCGGAUCCAGUUGUUUGAUGUAAAUCAGCGGACCCUGUCGAUGUGGCACAACCAGAGGAGCAAGGCGAUGAUGCGGGACACCAUCGCCAUCGCAGUCCCAGGGCCCAGCGCUCCCCAGACUGCAGCGGAGCCCCUGCCUGCCCCACGGACUCUGCUGCAGCAGCCCCAACAGCCAGACCAGCCCCUCCAGCACCGCCUGCCCGCGGACGCCUCUGGUCUGGCUGCCAACAUCCGGGGGCCGCUGGCCCCUGAGCUGUAUGACAUCAUCGCCGCCCUCCAAAGUGCCACAUCCUCCUCCUCCUCAGCCAUGGACACCACCCCGUCCGCCAUGGACACCACCCCGUCCACCACUGACACGCAGGCUCCCUCGUCCAGCAUCGCCGCAGCCACUGCUCCAGCCGCCGCUCCAGCAAUCGCCAUCGCUGGAGCCAUCCCCCGCUCUACUGCCUGGAGGCACAAGAUCCAGGCAGAGCAGGAGCGUCGUGCCCGGGAGGAAGGGCUCUUCCUCAAGCCCUUCAAAAAGGUCUCCCGAUUUCAGUGCAGGCGCUGUGGCCAGCCGAAGACCCGGGAGUACGGCCACAGCCGCUACAAACGGGAGACCUUUUGCGCCCGGGCCGACGGGGGAACAGUGGAGCAGUGGCUCCAAGAACUAAAGCGGCGAGAGCGCGAGGGGCCACUCCCACCACCCUGA